AUGUCCCCCAGGAUAGAGCCUAAGAAGAGGCAGGCCCCCCCGGCCCCGGCCCCCACACCCUGCCAGGGCCGCUACAUUUUGGAGGCCUACCAGGUAAGAGGGCAACAAACACACACACAUACACACACACACACACACACAUGCUUCAGGUCAUGGUGACCUGUGUUUAGAUCAACUAUUGCAACAUUGGAUAAACAUUUCCUCUAAUCUCCUUGUGUUGUUUCUGGAUCUAAUAGCAAUAGUAGUAGUGUUGUUCUUUCUCUUCUCAUGGCGUUGUUGUGGGAAAUGUUGUUAUUUCAACGUGUUAUGUUGGCUCUAAUGGUCAUCUCUCCUCCUGUUAGAGAGAAUGGGGUUUGUCUGGAACUGUGUGUUGAGGUCAUAGUGACCGUUACUAACAGGAACACACUGGUUAAUCUGUGAAAUGGCUUACAUCCUAAAUGGCACCCUAUUCCCUAUAUAGUGUACUACUUUUGACCAGGGUCUAUAGUGCUCUGGUUAAAAUUAGUGCACUAUGUUGGGAAUAGGGUGCCAUUUGGACAUACCUCCUGUAGAAAAGCACAAGGUGUCCACACAGUAUUCUGUGUACAACUCACGCUGUUCUUCCAAUCAGGAUUUCAUUUGAGUUUAUGUUGUCGUGGCUCCCAGUUUUUACCUCUCCUCUGUCUGUUAUUAUUAUACCCUUUACAGACAUAGAACGCCGCUACAGUAAUGUGUCGAUAGUGACAAUUGAUAACCUUUCAGACAAUUAAAUAAAGUGCUGCAUCAGAAGCGUUCGGUACUGUUUCCCUGACGAAUAUAAACGUUGCUGAUUGAUGUGCUGCUGUGUUGUUUUUAUGGUAGGGUAGCUAGAUUUUAAAAAAAAACUAAAUGUCUUGGUAAAUCAUGCUAUUUAAUUAACUUUAACAUACUUUUUUAGGUGAGAGUGGUCUGCGCGCAGGCAGCAGCAGGCAGGCAGGUUGCGCGCAGGCUGUUCGAGAUUAUUUGAUUGACAAGUAAAAUGCCUGUUCAGUGGCGCUUCGAAGCUAUCUUGAGAGAAGGUUUCGUGUUGGCAUUUAAAAAGCCGUAGUGUACCCUUACAGACAAACAAACAUGCAGUAGCCGAGGCCCUUUCAAGGCGGCACAUUCCAUAUGUCUGAAAAGGGUAUUAGACACUGUUCAGAAACACGACACUUAUGACGUCUUUAUCAUUCUGUUCACCCAGAGAUAAGCAACACUAGCUGUGCCAUGACUCGCUAGCACGGAUGAGACAAAGCGUUGUGUUUGGAAGAUGGCUGGCUGCAUGUUGAGACACAUGGCACAUGGGCCUGAUGUAACCUUUGUGAGGGUUAGACAAGGACAGAGAGAUCAGAUGAGGACAGAGUGCCUGAGGGAUGGAAUGGCUGCUCUUAGGUCUCCUUUACAUGAGCCUGAGCUACUGGAAGGAUGGCUAGUGUUGUAGUGAUGACAAACUGUUCCCCUGGGGUAUGACUACACUCUUAGACAAAAAGGUGCUAUCUAGAACCUAAAAGGGUUUUCCGGCUGUCCCCUUAGGAGAAUCCUUUCAAGAACCCUUUUUGGUUCCAGGUAGGAUCUUUUCCACAGAUGGUUCUACAUGGAACCCAAAAGGGUUCUAUGUGGAACCAAAAAGGGUUCUCCCAGGAACCAAAAAGGAUUCGCCUAUGGGGACAGUCGAAUAACCCUUUUGGAACCCUUUUUUCUAAGAGUGUGAAGCUGGGAAUUGACAGGGACCUCACGAUAUUAUCACAAUACUUUGGUGCCAAUACGAUAUGUAUUACAAUUCUCACGAUUCUACAGUUGAAAUGGUAAGUGUACAUACACUUAGGUUGGAGUCAUUAAAACUCGUUUUUCAACCACUCCACAAAUUUCUUGUUAACAAACUAUAGUUUUGGCAAGUCGGUUAGGACAUCAACUUUGUGCAUGACACAAGUACUUUUUCCAAAAAUUGUUUACAGACAGAUUAUUUCACUUAUAAUUCACUAUAUCACAAUUCCAGUGGUUCAAAAGUUUACAUACACUAAGUUGACUGUACCUUAAAACAGCUUGGAAAAUUCCAGAAAAUGAUGUCAUGGCUUUAGAAGCUUCUGAUAGGCUAAUGUACAUAAUUUGAGUCAAUUGGAGGUGUACCUGUGGAUGUAUUUCAAGUUCUACCUUCAAACUCAGUGCCUCUUUGCUUGACAUCAUGGGAAAAUCAAAAGAAAUCAGCCAAGACCUCAGAAAAGAAAUUGUAGACCUCCACUGCUCCAAAACCGCAAUAAAAAAGCCAGACUACGGUUUGCAACUGCACAUGGUGACAAAGAUCGUACUUUUUGGAGAAAUGUCCUCUGGUCUGAUGAAACAAAAAUAUAACUGUUUGGCCAUAAUGACCAUCGUUAUGUUUGGAGGAAAAAGGGGAAGGCUUGCAAGCCGAAGAACACCAUCCCAACCGUGAAGCACGGGGGUGGCAGCAUUGCUGCAGGAGGGACUGGUGCACUUCACAAAAUAGAUGGCAUCAUGAGGAAGGAAAAUUAUGUGGAUAUAUUGAAGCAACAUCUCAAGACAUCAGUCAGGAAAUUAAAGCUUGGUCGCAAAUGGGUCUUCCAAAUGGACAAUGACCCCAAGCAUACUUCCAAAGUUGUGGCAAAAUGGCUUAAGGACAACAAAGUCAAGGUAUUGGAGUGGCCAUCACAAAGCCCUGACCUCAAUCCUAUAGAAAAUGUGUGGGCAGAACUGUUAAAGUGUGUACGAGCAAGGAGGCCUACAAACCUGACUCAGUUACACCAGCUCUGUCAGGAGGAAUGGGCCAAAAUUCACCCAACUUAUUGUGGGAAGCUUGUGGAAGGCUACCCGAAACGUUUGACCCAAGUUAAACAAUUUAAAGGCAAUGCUACCAAAUACUAAUUGAGUGUAUGUAAACUUCUGACCCACUGGGAAUGUGAUGAAAUAAAUAAAAGCUGAAAUAAAUCAUUCUCUCUACUAUUAUUCUGACAUUUCACAUUCUUAAAAUAAAGUGUUGAUCCUAACUGACCUAAGACAGGGAAUUUUUACUAGGAUUAAAUGUCAGGAAUUGUAAAAAAACUGAGUUUAAAUGUAUUUGGCUAAGGUUUAAGUAAACUUCCGACUUCAACUGUAUAUUAUAUUGCGAUUCAAUGUUUCAAACAUAUUGCUCACCAUAUGUCUGCUGCAGAGGGACAAGAGAGAGCCAUGAGAAAACAAGUUUUGAUCAGUCAUGGAAAUAAAAGUGCUGAAAUCAAAUUGGAUCCCUAUUUAAAAAGAAGAUGGAGAACAAGCUAUGCAGGAAAAUACUAGAGUUUCUGUGUAGGUACAGCCAACUAGUGCAAAUACGAUACGAUACGAUAUAUCGUCAAAAAUAAUAUCUCGAUAGGUAACUGUAUCGAUUUCUUCCCCCCAUCACUAGUUAUGUCCCUCUAUUGAUCUCAGUACAGUAUCAAUUUACAAUCAAUCGGCAAGCCCAAGGCCUUAUUCAAUCAAAUAGCCAACUGGGUUUAUCUGGGGUCAAGACAAAACAAUGCCAUUUGGGACUCAUUCGACAUCUUGUGCUGAAAGAGUGUUUAAAGCUUUCAUUAGGGAAAUAGGAGUAGGCUGUCCAAACCAGAGGUCAUGUUUAGAAUCCCUUUUGUGACAUGGCCUGUCAUCCUGAUCUUUCCACUUCAGUGUUCAGUAAUAGGCAGGCACACUUGUGUAAGCCUGUUUGGCAUGCUGGAAAGGUAACAUCAGGCUCAGGCUUAUGCAACAGUAGUCUCUAGUGACGGACAGACUGUUAACAUAAAUGCCAGAUUUGGUUCUGAGAUUGCAGUAGUAAUGCAGCAGUGGAUGAGGUGUGUUUUGGUGGCACAACAUCAAGUAUGUAUAAGUGGGGUGUCAUGUUUCCAGAGGCAGACAGGCAUGAAAUCAGCUUGACAGGCUCUUUAUGCCAAUGUUACUGGACAUAGUCAGAGCAGAGGACAGGUGAGGUUGAGGGUUCAACAAACGAGACAAAAGUUUGCUGUAAGAAACGUUUGAAUCAUUUCAACAAGUAUCUCUUGGAUGAGAUCGCAUGAAUGAACUCAGAAGACCACUGAAAGGGAAGGUGGUUAGGUAGGUUAGGUUAGAAUAGUGAUUGGUCUAAGAGACUUAAAGCCUACUGUAGGAACACAGUGUUAUACAUUAUCAUCAUAGUCGGUGCACGCUCAAUACAUUUGUUAUGGACAUUGAGUACUAAGUCCUCUAUGGUUCCCUUUUUUGGGGGUUCAAUCUGCUUACUCCAGGGUAGGGUUGCAAAAUUCCAGUAACUUUCCCAAAAUUGCCAGGUUUUCCAGAAAUCCUAGUUGUAGGAUUCUAGAUUCCUUGCUCCUUUUUUUUCCUGAUGUUGGGAAAACCUGGGAAUCUUGGGAAAGUUACCAGAAUUUUGCAAUCCUACUCUAAGGAGUGUUAUUCUUCUCUGAAUCUCAGUAGUUGUCCUGAUCUAUUCUCAAGUAUUUAAAUCAACGGGACACAUGUCAUGGAGCCUACUGAAUAUCCUCUGUUUUUCUCUGCAGCAUGGCUCUUAGUGAUGUUGAUAUAUCGACUCCUGGCUCUGCUUUCAGGGUGGACCUGCCAAGCUGCCCCUGAGCAGUACAGUCUGAGGCAGCAUCCCUAUGGGUCCUGGUCAAAAGUAGUGCACUAUAUAAGGAAUAGGGUGCCAUUUGGGACACAGCCUCAGACUCCAUCCCAUCAGGGGGUAGCACAGGCUAAGUGUGAUUGAUUGAGAUGGCUAGCAUUACCUGCAUAAACCAUUCCUUAGGGAGAUGUCAUAAUCUGAACCAAGAGGGGUUUAGUCUUUCAUAGCAAUCCGUCAUUGGCUUUUUGUAAUGCAGCGCUUUUAAUCCACUUUAAUGUAGCCUACUGUUUUAAUCUGUUUUAGCAAGAUACAGGUUGUCUGUUUACAAUCAGUUUACAAUCUUGCGAGGUUUGGAUAUUUCUACAUUGGGCUGAUGAUACCAUUCUCAGUAAUAGUUGUGGUCCUUUUAUUUAAAAUACUCGAAUUCGUGGGAAACCUCAGUUUUGAUCAGUAGUGUUUUAAAAUGUUCCACAUUCUGUAAGGUCACAUUUCCACAAAGUAAAUGAUGCCUUUAAGAGGAAGCUUGUGAUCUGAGUCUAGACCAGAGAGCUGUGUAAGGACAUCAGGGAUACAAUUGUAGACCUGCACAAGGCUGGGAUGGGCUACAGGACAAUAGGCAAGCAGCUUGGUGAGAAGGCAACAACUGUUGGCGCAAUUAUUAGAAAAUGGAAGAAGUUCAAGAUGACGGUCAAUCACCCUCGGUCUGGGGCUCCAUGCAAGAUCUCACCUCGUGGGGCAUCAAUGAUCAUGAGGAAGGUGAGCGAUCAGCCCAGAACUACACGGCAGGACCUGGUCAAUGACCUGAAGAGAGCUGGGACCACAGUUUCAAAGAAAACCAUUAGUAACACACUACGCCGUCAUGGAUUAAAAUCCUGCAGCGCACGCAAGGUCCCCCUGCUCAAGCCAGCGCAUGUCCAGGCCCGUCUGAAGUUUGCCAAUUACCAUCUGGAUGAUCCAGAGGAGGAAUGGGAGAAGGUCAUGUGGUCUGAUGAGACAAAAAUAUAGCUUUUUGGUCUAAACUCCACUCGCCGUGUUUGGAGGAAGAAGAAGGAUGAGUACAACCCCAAGAACACCAUCCCAACCGUGAAGCAUGGAGGUGGAAACAUCAUUCUUUGGGGAUGCUUUUCUGCAAAGGGGACAGGACGACUGCACCGUAUUGAGGGGAGGAUGGAUGGGGCCAUGUAUCGCGAGAUCUUGGCCAACAACCGCCUUCCCUCAGUAAGAGCAUUGAAGAUGGGUCGUGGCUUGGUCAGCCCCGAAACCUGAAGGAUCUGGAGAAGGUCUGUAUGGAGGAGUGGGCCAAAAUCCCUGCUGUAGUGUGUGCAAACCUGGUCAAGACCUACAGGAAACGUAUGAUCUCUGUAAUUGCAAACAAAGGUUUCUCUACCAAAUAUUAAGUUCUGCUUUUCUGAUGUAUCAAAUACUUAUGUCAUGCAAUAAAAUGCAAAUUAAUUACUUAAAAAUCAUACAAUGUGAUUUUCUGGAUUUUUAUUUUAGAUUCAGUCUCUCACAGUUGAAAUGUACCUAUGAUAAAAAUUGUUUGCAAUCCCUCAGUUAGGCCUACAUGAUUGCUAUGCAAGUAAACCAUGUGGCUGCAUAACACUUUGAGUUAGAGUGAGAAUGGUUGGUGCGGAAGCCUUAACUUACACAACGCCUCUCUGAAUUGGACUAUUCAAGUGGCCUGCCUUGGUUUUUCAGCCCAUUUGCUGGCAAAACCUCAAUUUCCUUUAAUCAACACCCUCUGUAAAUAAUAUUCUAUCACUAAAGGCAUGCAGUUUAUUUAAGGUAUGAGUGAUUAGGCAACACUGUGGAUGUUUCAGUGUGACAGGCUCUGCUGUGGAACAGUGUGAUUUAAAAUAAGUGGAAAAAGGAAGCAUAGGCAGCUCUAAUGGUUUUGAAUGCAGACUUAGGAUGUGUCCCAAAUGGCACCCCAUUCCCUAAAUAGUACACUACUUUUGACCAGAGCCCUUGUCAAAAGUAGUGCACUAUAUAGGGCAGUGUAUCCCAACCCUGGUCCUCCAGUACCCCCAACAGUACACAUUUUUAUUGUAACCCUGGACAAGCACACCUGAUUCAACUGGUCAACUUAUCAUCAAGCCCUCGAUGAGUUGAAUGAGGUGUGUUUGUCCAGGGCUACAACGAAAAUGUGUACUGUUGGGGGUACUGGAGGACCAGGGUUGGGAAACACUGAUAUAGGGGAUAGGGUGCCAUUUGGGAGUCUCACUCUCUCUAUCAUGCUCCUUUCCUCUUUCCUAAGGAAGAAAACAUUGUGUUCUCAGGAACAAAGGAAGGGGCCCCUAAUGCCAAAACAAACAUCCCACUAGAACUGUGUAGUCUACUGUCUCUCUCUCUGUGGUGUGUGUGUUUGUGUGUGUGUGUGUGUGUGUGUGUGUGUGUGUGUGUGUGUGUGUGUGUGUGUGUCAAUCUAAUGAAGUAGUGUUGGCGUCUUCUCAUGGCGUUGUUGUGGGGAAUGUUGUUUUUUUCACCAUGUUAUGUUGGCUCUAUUGGGCUUCUCUCCUCCUGUUGGAGAUAAUGGGGUUUGUUUGGAGCUGUGUUUUGUGUUUAUGUUCACAUUUUAAAUCAUUAUUAUUUCCAAAUCACAGUCUCCCAGUUACGUUUUUUAAAUAAUUGUUUUUGUACCUCAAAGAAUGACAAAAAACCUAGGCCUUGUUGUGGUUUUAUGUUGGAAUGUAAUCUUAACCUUCGCUGACAAAGUAAUAUCGAGCACUAAUAAAGAUUAUAUAAUUGACCUAUUUUCACUACAGUUGGCACAGAGUAGUCCCACACUUCAUCUACAGUGGUUCAUUGGUUCACUAUUUGAAGUGGAUUUAUGCCAUUAGCACUGAUAUACUUUUACUUAGAAAUCUGUAUGUGUGUGUGCAUGUGCUUGUGUGCGCUUACCUACAGAAGCGAGCACGCGCGUGUGUGUGUGUGUGUAAGCGUGCAUGUUUUUCUGUGUGUGUGUGUGGUCUGACCAUAAAGAGCCUGUAAAUUCACUGUGCCAGCUCUGGAGCGGUGUGCUGUGUUGAGUAAUUAAAAAGCUGGAGCUUUGGCAGCCAGGGGACUGAGCUUGCAUCCCCAAUUAGCGCCCUAUUCACUUAAUAGUGCACUACUUUUGACCAGGGCCCAUAGAGCUCUAGUCAAAAGUAGUGCACUAUGAGUGCCAUUUGGGACAUAGACCAAGUCAAAACCAUUAAGGAGUGAUCUAGCAUUCCUGCAGGAUUAGGGGGUAGAAAAGGUAUAUAAAUAUUUGACUGAAUGAUAGCAUUGAGUGGCAGCACAUCAGUGUAUAGUAAAUGUGAUUUGAUGCAGUUUGUGAUGUAGAGUUAGUAGAGCGCUGCAGGAGAUGGGUUGUGCAAGUGGUAGGUAUGCAAGUCUGACUGGGUGAGAGAGAGAGAGAGAGAGACAGAGAGAGUGAGAAAGAGAGCAGCAGUUUGGGCAUGGCUCAUGGAAAAUCACCUCAGGCUUGAAAUUGCGAUGGAAGUAGCAACAAGCCAUAACAAAUGAUUUGUCAAAAACUUUUUAUUUUUUAUACCUUGAAUGUGGUUGAAGUAAGUCAGAAUGUCCUUGUUUUAUUAUUUUUAUUCUAAGAAAAGACUUGUGGUGUUUCUCUGAGAUUGAGUCAUUGUGGUUAGGGCGGUGUGUUACUUACCGGCACCUUGCAAUUCUUUACACAGGUAGAGUUGCGUAAACUCCCUGAACUGUGUAUGCACGUCCACCAACUUCACCAUCGCACCACCGUUCAUACUUGUCGGUCUCUGGCAUACCAUAGCAUGUGGGGCAAAGUUGAAGCUGUAAUGGAGGACUGACUGGGAUAUGAAGAUGGAUGUGUGUGUGUGUGUAUGUGUGCAUGAGCACGUGUGUGUGUGUGUGUGUGACUGAUUGGCUGCUCUGAGAGUGAAACACAAUACUGUGCAGCCCAGUGCAGCAGAACGAAGCGACGGCGUCAUCUCACAGACUGUAAUCAGGCCAUUCUCUAUGAAUGCUCCAUACUACUGUUGUACUGGAGUGUAAACAUUCUAGGGGAAUUGAUUGUGUUGCUCAGCUAUGGAUUACGGUUUAAAGUGACUGAGUGGUGCGCUCUGGGAUUUAGAGGAGCCUACUUAAAUCUGGGGAACAUGUACAGAAGAUUGGCCAAACGGAGACCAAAGCUGAGCAACACAAUCAAUUCCCCUGCAUGGCAAUGGAUUAGCUCCCGUCAAAAUCUGAUAGAUAUGUUGGAAGGAUAACAACAGCAAUAUAAACCAUUUGCACGCACAGUUUAGAGAGUGAUUCAUAUUACUCAUUGGCACAUUGGACCAUACGUUUACUGGAUUGUUUUGAGACAGUGAGUUGUGUCAGGUCAACUUUGUGGAUCUAAUGGAGCAUGUAAGACGAUGGAGCAGGGGAGGGGGAGUUCAAGUCUGUCAGUGGUAGAGUGAAUAGUAAUACCAGGGUAAUGGCUGUUUGUCUCUGGAUGACUACUUUAAAAUAGAGAUUGCCCUCAAUGGCGCUGCCCAUGCUGUCACAGAGGAUGCCAUUUGCAAGGAUAGAACGUGUGCUAUCUUUCCAUAUCUAUGGUCUCUGCACUGGAGGCCUGGGUCAUUGAGUUCAUAAACAGCUCACCAGUUGACAUGGGAAGAGACGACAGUAGUAGAACAGACAGUUUGUAGCAGGGGGAAAAUUUGUUGAAGAUGGAAGGAAGCAUUGACCCAUUUUAAUACAUUGUCUUCACAUUUGAGGUCAAUUUUUUUCUUCACCUUUGUACCAGAUUUGCACGCGUUGCACACACACAAAUAGAGUUGAGGCUGAUGCAAAUAUAUGGUCAUUUUGUUCUUUACAAACUUGACCGGUGCUGUCACACACAUUCAAUAUUUUGACAUCAAAGUUCACCCUUGCAGAGAUGAUAUGUGCAACCAUAGAAAAGGCGAGGGACGCCUUCGAGAAGAGGUUUAUGCACCCCCUCCCCCAACUCACGCAACACCUUUUUGGUGAAUGUAAGGCUUUAGGUCACACACAUUACGUUCAAAUAGGAUUCCCAUGCAAAGAUUUGAAGUACCUGCCAAACACGUUUGAAAGUGUUUUUAUGUCCAUGCCUCCAGGAUCAGAGGACAUGUUGAGGUUAAAGGGAUCACACAUUGUUUUGUUGGAGGAAGCAAUAAUAUCCCUUUCAGUAAGAGCAUACGAAGCAAUGGGGCUGCCCAUGCUGUGCUAUCAUUCCAUAUCUAUGGUCUCUGUACUGGAGGCCUGGAUCAUUGAGUUCAUAAACAGCUCACCAGAUGACAUGCAGCCAGACGACAGUAGUAUUACAGACAGCUUGUAGCUGGGGGAAAAUGAGUCAAAGAUAGAAGGAAGUGUUGACCCAUUUUAAUCAGGGCUGGGAAUUGCCAGGGACCUCACGAUAAGAUAUUACCACGAUACUUGGGUGCCGAUACGAUAUGUAUUGCGAUUCUCACUCUGGUGACAGAAUUUUCCACAACAUCACGAUUUGAUAUUGCGAUUUGAUGUUCCAAACAUAUGUCUGCUGCAGAGAGACAAGAGAGAGCAUGAGAAAACGAGUUUUGAUCAGUCAUGGAAAUAAGUGGUGAAAACAUGUUGGCUCACUAUUUAAAAAGAAGAUGGAGAACAAGCUAUACUGGAGUUUUUGCGCAGGUAUAGCCGACUAGCGCAAGCUAACGCUACCUAGCAAAAAUAUAUACAGUAUAUACAGUGGCUUCAGAAAGUAUUCACACCCCUUGAUUUAUUCCAUAUUAUGUUGUGUUACAAAGUGGGAUUGAAAUUGAUUUAACUGUAAUUUAUUUUGUCAAUGAUCUACACAAAAUACUCUGUAAUGUCAAAGUGUGAGAAAAAUUAUUACAUUUGUAAAAUAAAUAUGAAAAAUACAAGUAUUCAACCCCCUGAGUCAAUUUAUGUUAGAAUCACCUUUGGCAGCAAUUACAUCUGUGAGUCUUUCUGUGUAAGUCUAUAAGCGCUUUCUACACCUGGAUUGUGCAAAAUUAUUAUUUUCAAAAUUCUUAAACCUCGGUCAAAUUGGUUGUUGAUCAUUGCUAGACAACCAUUUUCAGGUCUUGCCAUAUAUUUUCAAGCAGAUUUAAGUCAAAACUGUAACUCGGCCACUCAGGAACAUUCACUCUUCUUGCUAAGCAACUCCAGUGUAGAUCUAUCCUUGUGUUAUAGAUUAUUGUCUGCUUAAAGGUCAAUUCAGUGUCUGGUGGAAAGCAGACUGAACCAGGUUUUCCUCUAGGAUUUUGCCUGUGCUCAGCUCCAUUCCAUUUCUUUUUUAUCCUGAAAAACUCCCCAGUCCUUAACGAUUACAAGCAUACAUUUUACAUUUUACAUUUUAGUCAUUUAGCAGACGCUCUUAUCCAGAGCGACUUACAGUUAGUGAGUGCAUACAUUUUCAUACCCAUAACAUGAUGCAGCCACCACUAUGCUUGAAAAUAUGGAGAGUGGUACUCAGUAAUGUGUUGUAUUGGAUUUGUCCCAAACAUAACACUUUGUAUUCAGGGCAAAAAGUUAAUGACUACUUUAAAAUGUACGUUUUAAAGUUGCUUUUCCAAAUUUUUUGAAGUAUUACUUUAUUGCCUUGUUGCAAACAGGAUGCAUGUUUUGAAAUGUUUUAUUCUGUACAGUCUUCCUUUUCACUCUGUCAAUUAGAUUUGUAUUGUGGAGUAACUACAAGGUUGUUGAUCCAUCCUCAGUUUUCUCCUAUCACAGCCAAUUUGAGAUGAGGGUUAUGCGCAACUCACACAACACCUUUUUUGAUCAAUGUACAGCUUUAGGUCACACACAACAUUACGGUCAAAUAGGAUUCACGGGUAAUAAAGAAAACACCAGUUAAAAAACCUAUGUGUCAUUUUAGAUUCUGAUCUCAAUUUCGAAUCACACAUUAGGAAUGUGACCAAAAUAGCUUUUUACUACCUGAGGAACUUUGCCAAGGUGCGGACGUUUCUAUCUCAGGCUGAUACAGAGAGACUCAUCCAUGCUUUUAUUACAAGCAGGCUUGACUACUGUAAUGCUCUCCAGUCUACCCAAGAAGGUCAUUGGUCAACUGCAAAACAUACAGAAUGACGGAGAGCACACAUUACACCUGAUUUAAAGUCUCUGCAAUGGCUGCCUGUGAGUUUUAGAAUUAAUUGUAAUAUUAUUCUAUUGGUUUUUAAAUCAACCUAUGAUUGUGCACCCCAAUACAUGUCAGACAUGUUUUUGAGUUAUGUACCCAGUAGGUCCCUCAGGUCCUCUGGUACUGGCCUUUUAACUAUCCCAAAGCCUAGGACCAAGAGGCAUGGAGAGGUAGCCUUUAGUUACUAUGCCCCCAGCCUCUGGAAUAGCCUGCCAGAGAACCUGAGGUGGCCAAACACGUUUGAAAGUGUUUUUAUGUCCAUGCCUCCAGGAUCAGAGGACAUGUUGAGAUUAAAUGGGUCACACAUUGUUUUGUUGUAUAAGGAAGUAAUAAUACCCCUUUCAGUAACAGUGUACAAAGAAGCAUGGAACACUUACAGUGAGGGAAAAAAGUAUUUGAUCCCCUGCUGAUUUUGUAAGUUUGCCCACUGACAAAGAAAUUAUCAGUCUAUAAUUUUAAUGGUAGGUUUAUUUCAACAGUGAGAGACAGAAUAAAAACAAAAAAAUCCAGAAAAACGCAUGUCAAAAAUGUUAUAAAUUGAUUUGCAUUUUAAUGAGGGAAAUAAGUAUUUGACCCCCUCUCAAUCAGAAAGAUUUCUGUCUCCCAGGUGUCUUUUAUACAGGUAACAAGUAGAGAUUAGGAGCACACUCUUAAAGGGAGUGCUCCUAAUCUCAGUUUGUUACCUGUAUAAAAGACACCUGUCCACAGAAGCAAUCAAUCAGAUUCCAAACUCUCCCCCAUGGCCAAGACCAAAGAGCUCUCCAAGGAUGUCAGGGACAAAAUUGUAGACCUACACAAGGCUGGAAUGGGCUACAAGACCAUCGCCAAGCAGCUUGGUGAGAAGGUGACAACAGUUAUAGGAAGAAACACAAAAUAACUGUCAAUCUCCCUCGGCCUGGGGCUCCAUGCACGAUCUCACCUCGUGGAGUUGCAAUGAUCAUGAGAACGGUGAAGAAUCAGCCCAGAACUACACGGGAGGAUCUUGUCAAUGAUCUCAAGGCAGCUGGGACCAUAGUCACCAAGAAAACAAUUGGUAACACACUACGCCGUGAAGGACUGAAAUCCUGCAGCGCCCGCAAGGUCCCCCUGCUCAAGAAAGCACAUAUACAGGCCUGUCUAAAGUUUGCCAAUGAACAUCUGAAUGAUUCAGAGGAGAACUGGGUGAAAGUGUUGUGGUCAGAUGAGACCAAAAUCGAGCUCUUUGGCAUCAACUCAACUUGCUGUGUUUGGAGGAGGAGGAAUGCUGCCUAUGACCAUCAUCCCCACCGUCAAACAUGGAGGUGGAAACAUUAUGCUUUAGGGGUGUUUUUCUGCUAAGGGGACAGGACAACUUCACCGCAUCAAAGGGACGAUGGACGGCGCCAUGUACCGUCAAAUCUUGGGUGAGAACCUCCUUCCCUCAGCCAGUGCAUUGAAAAUGGGUCGUGGAUGGGUAUUCCAGCAUGACAAUGACCCAAAACACACGGCCAAGGCAACAAAGGAGUGGCUCAAGAAGAAGCACAUUAAGGUCCUGGAGUGGCCUAGCCAGUCUCCAGACCUUAAUCCCAUAGAAAAUCUGUGGAGGGAGCUAAAGGUUCGAGUUGCCAAACGUCAGCCUCUAAACCUUAAUGACUUGGAGAAGAUCUGCAAAGAGGAGUGGGACAAAAUCCAUCCUGAGAUGUGUGCAAACCUGGUGGCCAACUACAAGAAACGUCUGACCUCUGUGAUUGCCAACAAGGGUUUUGCCACCAAGUACUAAGUCAUGUUUUGCAGAGGGGUCAAAUACUUAUUUCCCUCAUUAAAAUGCAAAUCAAUUUAUAACAUUUUUGACAUGCGUUUUUCUGGAUUUUUUUGUUGUUAUUCUGUCUCUCACUGUUCAAAUAAACCUACCUUUAAAAUUAUAGACUGAUCAUGUCUUUGUCAGUGGGCAAACGUACAAAAUCAGCAGGGGAUCAAAUACUUUUUUCCCUCACUGUAGGUAUUAUGACUGAUAUUCUGACUGACAGCAAAAUUCAAUAAUCCAUACAAUACAUUUCAUCUUAAAAAGGUAUUAAUGUCUUAAAGCUACAAUAUGUAACUUUUUGGGCGACCUGACCAAAUUCACAUAGAAAUGUUAGUUAUAGAUCUGUCAUUCUCAUUGAAAGCAAGUCUAAUAAGCAGUAGAUCUGUUUCUAUGCUUCCCGUUCUUAAGUUAUGUUUUUGCGUCUUUUGGUUUUGCACACCAUCUUCAAACUGCUGGAAAUACAAUAUUUUUGAUUAUAGAAAAUAUAUUUCACAGCGGUUUAGAUGGUAGAAUUAUUUUCUACACAAUGAUUGCUAGUUUUGUAACAUAAAUUGAAAUUAGGCGAACUAUCCGAAUUUUAGCAACCAGGAAAUGGUGCAGCGAUUUCUGCAUAGUGCACCGAAUAAUAAUGAUAAUGGGCAGUGAUGAUGUCCAAGAAUAAAUGGUUUAUAGGGUAUCUCUCUCUCUCUCUCUCUCUCUCAGGUGGCUCCUGACUCAGAGAGUACACUGAGGAAGAGGAAGGCCCCGGCACCCCCUCCUUGCCCUGCUGCCUCUGUCACCCCAGCUCCUAGCACCCCAGCGCCUCACACCUCUGUCCAGAUAGCCCCCUCUCCCUCUCCAGCCCCCAGCUCUCCUACCCCAAGCCUGCCUGCGGAGGAGGACUCUGGCUCUGAGCUGAGCAAUGGGUCUGUCUACAGCAGCAGCAGUAGCAGUAGUGGGGUGGCCGCCGGCACCUCUGUCGCUGACACCUCAAUGGCCGACUCUGACUCCGCCUCCAGCAGGGCUGAUGUGUGCAAGCCCAGCCCUGAUUCCACCCCCAGCAGCAGUGCUGCCAUGGCUGACUCCUCCCGAGACUCCGCCCCUAGCAAGGUUGACACCGGCCCCAGAAGCAAGACUGAUAUGGUGAAGGCUGCCCCUGACUCCGCCCUUACCAGCAAAGUUGAAAAGGUUGACUCCACGCCCAGCAGCAGCAUUGACAAGGCCAAGCCCACCCCCGACUCGUCCCGCAGCACCACACCGGAGGAGACCAGAGGAGAGUCUGCUCUCGGCCUGAAACUAGACGAGACAGAGAACAACAGACACAGCGCCAUGGGUCAGUAUCAUCAGUAACACAUCUAGUCAAUGUAAAGUGGCCGAUCAAGGUUUCUCUCCUGUCAACCCACAGGCUGUUCCAGUCCCAGUGUUCAGCAGCAGAUGACCACCACGUUGAGCACUAACUUCCUAAAUGUUUGUCAUAUAACAGUGUAACAACCCUUGCCUAGGUUGGCUCCUUAAUGAUCUCCCCCAAAUGGGUUAACCCAAUUGGAGAACACCCGCAACGAUUGUUGCACUACUACCGCUUUUCACUAUAACAGGUUCCCCUCAACCUGAACUGAGUUGCUGGUGGUAGAUAUGAUACCUGUACCAGUCAUUUAGCCAGUAGGGGCCCAAGGUAGCAUAAACUAAAUAACCCCUACGUCACAGGACAGGAGUGGGCUGGUAUUUCAGCGCUGCAGAUUUGAUUGAAUGCCUUAUGUUUUGUACAAUCUGUCCUCAGGAAACCAGGUGAAAUAGCAUUGCUAUUAGCCUUGCUAUUCCUAUUGAUGCACUGUAGUGUAGAAUAUGCACAACAUGCACAAGACUAGAGUUAUAUCGAUUGCUUUACUCUUCAUGUCUUUUCUUGAAACGGGUUGAAGCGGACAAUAUUUAUUUAGCUUGGAGAGAAUGAGAGAGGUUGAGGGAUGAAGUGUUUAGUGCAGUGGACGCACUUAAAGCAGACAGCGCUGGGGUGUUGAUUUAUAGACCUGGGUGUGCCUCCCUCCCCUCCACUACUCCCAAGGCACUGUGCAGAACAAAUAGACUUCUGCUGGGAAGACCCUGUCAGACCGACAGACCUAUCUAUUGCUCACAAGGCAGAACAACUAGACUUCCCCAAAACAUAACAAAACAAAUCAUUAUGAUCUGAUCUGAAGUUGUAUAUUUGUGGAUAUUUGUGGUUGUACAUCAUCAGUUGUACAGUAUGUAAAAUAAAUAGAUGACAUGCACCAAUUAGGGAUGAUUUACGACAGGGAUUUUAGAUGCUUCCCCUUAUUUAACCCCUGUGGGCUAAAGAUAAUCAUUGUUUACGUUCUAUAAUGUAUGUGACCGCAGUUGUUUCCUACCUCUCCAGCUGUGUGGAGACUAAGAUCCUAUAUUGGCUCUGUUAGCAGGAACAGUGCUAUCUCUCCUCUCUCACAUGGCACACUGCUUCUAUGUGCUCUCUUUUCCUUUUUUCACUUGUUUUCCCUCUCUCUCUCUCUCUCUCUCUCUCUCUCUCUCUCUCUCUCUCUCUCUCUCUCUCUCUCUCUCUCUCUCUCUCUCUCUCUCUCUCUCUCUCUCUCUCUCACACCAUCAUGUUUGGCUCAGGCACAGAGGCUCCAUCUCUAAUGGGUGGUUUUUGGAUCGUUGAUUCUCAUCUUAAGAGACAUUUUCUGUCUGAAAAAUACUGAGAUUUCAACACACUCAAUUGGGGCUUUUUCAAUCAUUCCACCCACCCAUUGUCUGUGUGUGUGCGUGCUCGUGCUUGUGUCCCCCUCAUUGUUUUUGAAAGGGCCUGUAGGUCAUCUGUUAGCCUCUGCAGGGUGUGUUUCUUACCCUAUGUCCUGUGUUGACAAUAGGGAAGCUCUCAUCUUAAUCUGCUGUGUGCGGUUAAGUCCCGUAGCUAGCUGUCACACCUGUAACGUAGUCCAUCAUCUGAAGGGGCUGAGGCGCAGAGUUAGCCAGUCACUCCCACGGCCAGCUUUACUCCAUGCAGUCCAUCAGCUGCUGAGUAAGGGAUGGGUGAGGCAUAUGUUGACAUAUUGCUCACAUCACUCAGCACUGGCUGCCUUUACAUCAGCCUGUUACUGGGUGUAUCCCAAAUGUCACCCUAUUCCCGUAUAGUGCACUAUUUAUGACCCAGGUCCCAGGUCAAAAGUAGUGCACUAUAUAGGUAAUAGGGUGUUAUUUAGGACCAACACAGUUACACCCCAGUGGCAGGCCAUUCAGCUCCAGUCCACACAGUGCCAUCAGUCUCUCUGUGAUGCGGUAGUCCGGCCCUUGCCUGGAGUGUUUUGUGAAGCUCCUUUUCUAUCUUCCCCAGCUGGGGUCUGGGGCAUAGAGUAGGUCUGAUCAGCAAGCAACACAAUUGCCAAUGAGAAGCUUCCAUUCAAGAGAGGAGCUUUAAUGUACUUUCUCCACGUACAUUAAGCAGUUAUAAGCAGCUUUCAGUUAUUUGUUAAUAUAUCUAUUCAUUGAUUGCCUUGUGUCUUUUGUUUAAUGUUUUUUUAAAAUUGUAAUUUCUUUCUGCACAGUAUGAUGAACAAAGGCAAAAAAAAAACAUGUAACAGUUGUAUUUCCUGGGUUUUUCUUUUAAUGAUGAUACAGAAUUUGUGUUUUUCAAUGCAACUUUCUCAAGCCUAUUGACUUCCCCCAUUCUAACACCCAGUGCUUGCUGCAUCCUUCCUUUUCUUUAGGUGCUGAGCAUCCAGUGCCACUCAAACCUCGGCGAACCCCAGUACGAGAGCCCCCCCAGUUAGUCAUCCCCCCACCACCGCCGUACCCUCCCCCUCCCUCAGACCCAGACUCCCCCGAUGCCUCACCAGAGAGCCACAUGGAGGAGGCCCCUCAGUGUAGGUCUCUCAUCCCAGCUGACCUCCACUACUAUUGGGCUGCCUUCUCCUCCUGCAGCUAGCCGCUCUCCUUCUAACCUUCAUGUCUUCCUCUAACUCCUCUCCUUUUUCAGUGCUGCUUCCCUCCCUGAACUUCAUAGUUGUUGUUGAAUGUUGAAUGUCCCGUGUGGCUCAGUUGGUAGAGCAUGGUGCUUGCAAGGUUGCCAAGGUUGUGGGUUUGAGUCCCACGGGGGACCAGUACGAAAAAAAUAAAGUGUGAAAAUAUAUGCACUAACUACUGUAAGUUGCUCUGGAUAAGAGCUUCUGCUAAAUGACUCAAAUGUAAAAAUGUUGAAAUCAAUCUCUGUGUGUGUAUCACAGUUUUCCCUCUUAAUGUGUAGUCCGGCUCAUGUGGACAUUCUAUCCAGGCUUGCCACGUGGUUAAUCUCCUUUGCAGUCAGUUAAACAGUUAUGAGACCUCCUUUAUAACAGACAGGCUGAUAGGCCAGCUGAGCCCAAUACUGAAGGUCAGCUGUGACGGUGAAGUUGCUUGUAUCCCAAAUGGUACCCUAUUCUCUAUAUAGUGCUCUUCUUUUGACCAGGGCCUAUAGGGCUCUGUUCAAAAGUAGUGCACUAUAUAGGGAAUAGUGUGCCAUUUAGGACGCAACGUUAAUCAACCUGUGAGGCUUUCAUCCAAUGUUUUUUUGAUCUCCUGCUGUCUGUUAUCAGGCUGCGAUAGCUGCAACUUCUUUCUCCAGGGCUCCAGAACACCUUUAUCUACCCUGUCCUCUUUCUAUCAACUUUCUCAUGUCUUCUUAUUUUCUCCCUUCCACAGUCUACUGCUGUGCCCCUGUCCGUUUCCCAUUCUCCAAGCCUCGGUGAACAGACAGACAGACAGACAGACUUCUCUGGCCUGCCGUCCUCUCACUGUCUUCUUCUCCCACCUCCUCUCCUCCCUCGCUUCUUCUACACCUUCAUCUCUUCCUGCUGGACCUCUACUCCUUCCAUCCUCCUCCUCCUGUUCUUAGAACUGUACCUAGAACUGCCUUUCUUUCCCAACUCUACACUUUCAAAUCCCUCAGUUGUGGAAUGUGGCUUCCUUUUCCUUGUGUUUGUGGCUUGUUUUUAUAAAUGUCUGUAUAUACAGUAUAAACUAUAAGCCGUUUUGUAUUUCAGCUAGUUAUACAGUGGUUGGUACAGUAGAGAACUAAGAGGACAGAGUGUGAUGUGUGAGGGCUGAUGGGGACUGGGAUGUGUGUGAUCAGUAGGCUAUUUAAGUGCAGAUGAGAUACCCAUACAUGUAUUGAGUGUGGAGUGAUUGAUGAAGACAUUUUGAAAUGAGGGUAUAAGGAAAGUCAUAUGAUAUCCACAAAUCAAUGAUUUGAUGGUGGUGGUAUAGGUUUCUGUAUUAUUGCUUAGUGUUUGUAAUGGUUAGUAACUAGAAACAAGGCUGUUGUUUCUCUGCAUGCUGGUUGGUUGACUCCAUUAAGGAGUGACCAAUAAAUCAAUACAAAAAAGCACUUUUAAGUGCAAGAUUAGCAUGGCGUCCAAGACAGAUAAUUGAGAUCAAGGAUUUCCUUGAAAUGGACAAGCAUAAAAACAUUAAUAUUUUAUCAUUUCAUUUUACAUUAAAGACUUUAAAGACCACUUGUUGAUUGAGGCCAUGAGGAAAUUAUUUGUGAUUGGGAUUUUGGUCUGUGUGUGCUGGUAAUGUGGCUUAGUGUGUUUUAGUAUGCUGUGGAUAGAGAGAUGAUAGAUGUCUGGAUCUGACUGGAUGUUUGUGAGAGAGUGUUACUGGCAUAGAGAGAGAGUUACUGCCUGAGUGUCUUGACUUGGUUUGUGCAUAGUUUGGGUUUAUGUGAUGGGAGCAAGCAUGAGUUCAUGUUUGUGUAAGAUUUUGUUUUGGAUAGGGAUAUACUGUGCAUGUGCUUGAGGUUGUUUGUGAGAGUGUUUUUGGCUGUUUUGGGUAUAGCCAGAGUGUGUCUGGUGAUUAGGGAGAGUGUGUGCUGGCUGUGGUUGCAGCUGGCAUGACUAAGCCAGUGCUUGGAAAGGUUUGGGAGGGCCACUCUGUGUGAGUCACUGGAUCUCCAGGAACAGGCUCUCUUCACCAUUACAGCUCUGCCCGAAGUUGACAGGCCCAGCACACACACACACACACAUACACACACACACACACACACACACACUGGAGACACACCAGAGACACACUGGGGCCAAGGUCACUCAUGGGUUAUAAUACACUGCUCAAAAAAAGAAAGGGAACACUUAAACAACACAUCCUAGAUCUGAAUGAAUGAAAUAAUCUUAUUAAAUACUUUUUUCUUUACAUAAUUGAAUGUGCUGACAACAAAAUCACACAAAAAUUAUCAAUGGAAAUCAAAUGUAUCAACCCAUGGAGGUCUGGAUUUGGAGUCACACUCAAAAUUAAAGUGGAAAACCACACUACAGGCUGAUCCAACUUUGAUGUAAUGUCCUUAAAACAAGUCAAAAUGAGGCUCAGUAGUGUGUUUGGCCUCCACGUGCCUGUAUGACCUCCCUACAACGCCUGGGCAUGCUCCUGAUGAGGUGGCGGAUGGUCUCCUGAGGGAUCUCCUCCCAGACCUGGACUAAAGCAUCCGCCAACUCCUGGACAGUCUGUGGUGCAACGUGGCGUUGGUGGAUGGAGCGAGACAUGAUGUCCCAGAUGUGCUCAAUUGGAUUCAGGUCUGGGGAACGGGCAGGCCAGUCCAUAGCAUCAAUGCCUUCCUCUUGCAGGAACUGCUGACACACUCCAGCCACAUGAGGUCUAGCAUUGUCUUGCAUUAGGAGGAACCCAGGGCCAACCGCACCAGCAUAUGGUCUCACAAGGGGUCUGAGGAUCUCAUCUCGGUACCUAAUGGCAGUCAGGCUACCUCUGGCGAGCACAUGGAGGGCUUUACGGCCCCCCAAAGAAAUGCCACCCCACACCAUGACUGACCCACCGCCAAACCGGUCAUGCUGGAGGAUGUUGCAGGCAGCAGAACGUUCUCCACGGCGUCUCCAGACUCUGUCACGUGCUCAGUGUGAACCUGCUUUCAUCUGUGAAGAGCACAGGGCGCCAGUGGCGAAUUUUCCAAUCUUGGUGUUCUCUGGCAAAUGCCAAACGUCCUGCACGGUGUUGGGCUGUAAGCACAACCCCCACCUGUGGACGUCGGGCCCUCAUACCACCCUCAUGGAGUCUGUUUCUGACCGUUUGAGCAGACACAUGCACAUUUGUGGCCUGCUGGAGGUCAUUUUGCAGGGCUCUGGCAGUGCUCCUCCUGCUCCUCCUUGCACAAAGGCGGAGGUAGCGGUCCUGCUGCUGGGUUGUUGCCCUCCUACGGCAUCCUCCACGUCUCCUGAUGUACUGGCCUGUCUCCUGGUAGUGCCUCCAUGCUCUGGACACUACGCUGACAGACACAGCAAACCUUCUUGCCACAGCUCGCAUUGAUGUGCCAUCCUGGAUGAGCUGCACUACCUGAGCCACUUGUGUGGGUUGUAGACUCCGUCUCAUGCUACCACUAGAGUGAAAGCACCGCCAGCAUUCAAAAGUGACCAAAACAUCAGCCAGGAAGCAUAGGAACUGAGAAGUGGUCUGUGGUCACCACCUGCAGAACCACUCCUUUAUUGGGGGUGUCUUGCUAAUUGCCUAUAAUUUCCACCUGUUGUCUAUUCCAUUUGCACAACAGCAUGUGAAAUUUAAUGUCAAUCAGUGUUGCUUCCUAAGUGGACAGUUUGAUUUCACAGAAGUGUGAUUGAGUUACAUUGUGUUGUUUAAGUGUUCCCUUUAUUUUUUUGAGCAGUGUAUAAUAUGCCAUUUAGCAGACGCUUUUAUCCAAAGCGACUUACAGUCAUGCGUGCAUACAUUUUUUUGUGUAUGGGUGGUCCCUGGGAUCGAACCCACUACCCUGGCGUUACAAGCACCGUGCUCUACCAGCUGAGCUACAGAGGAGGCUUUAAAGCAUCUCUCUUAAUGACUUCUAAGUGAUGUGCUCUACAUGCUGGCUGGAUAAUACUGUAAACCUAAUAAAUGGAACACAUACAGUACCAGUCAAAAGUUUGGACACACCUACUUAUUCCAGGGUUUUUCUUUAUUUUGACUAUUUUGUACAUUGUAGAAUAAUAGUGAAGACAUCAAAACUAUGAAAUAACACAUGUGGAAUCAUGUAGUAACCAAAAAAGUUUUAAACAAAUCAAAAUAUAUUUUAUAUUUGAGAUUCUUCAAAGUAGCCACCCUUUGCCUUGAUGACAGCUUUGCACACUCUUGGCAUUCUCUCAACCAGCUUUCAUGAGGAAUGCUUUUCCAACGGUCUUGAAGGAGUUCCCACAUAUGCUGAGCACUUGUUGGCUGCUUUUCCUUCACUCUGCGGUCCAACUCAUCCCAAACCAUUUUAAUUGGGUUGAGGUCGGGUGAUUGUGGAGGCCAGGUCAUCUGAUGCAGCACUCCACCACUCUCCUUGGUCAAAUAGCCCUUACACAGCCUGGAGGUGUGUUAGGUCAUUGUCUUGUUGAAAAACAAAUGAUAGUCCCAUUAAGCCCAAACCAGGUGGGAUGGCGUAUCGCUGCAGAAUGCUCUGGUAGCCAUGCUAGUUAAGUGUGCCUUGAAUUCUAAAUAAAUCACUGACAGUGUCAUCAGCAAAGCACCCCCACACCUCAUCCUCCAUGCUUCACGGUGGGAACACACACAUGCGGAGAUCAUCCGUUCACCUACUCUGUGUCUCACAAAGACACGGCGGUUGAAACCAAGAAUCUCAAAUUUGGACUCAUCAGACCAAAGGACAGAUUUCCACCGGUCUAAUGUCAAUUGCUCGUGUUUCUUGGCCCAAGCAAGUCUCUUCUUAUUAUUGGUGUCCCUUAGUAGUGGUUUCUUUGCAGCAAUUCGACCAUGAAGGCCUGAUUCCCUCAGUCUCCUCUGAACAGUUGAUGUUGAGAUGUGUCUGUUACUUGAACUCUGUAAAGCAUUUAUUUGGCCUGCAAUUUCUGAGGCUGGUAACUCUAAUGAAUUUAUCCUCUGCAGCAGAGGUAACUCUGGGUCUUCCUUUCCUGUGGCGGUCCUCAUGAGAGCCAGUUUCAUCUGCACUUGAAGAAAUGUUCAAAGUUGUUGAAAUGUUCUGGAUUGAUUGACCUUCAUGUCUUAAAGUAAUGAUGGACUGUCGUUUCUCUUUGCUUAUUUGAGCUGUUCUUGCCAUAAUAUGGACUUGCUCUUUUACCAAAUAGGGCUAUCUUCUGUAUACCAACCCUACCUUGUCACAACACAACUGAUUUACUCAAACUUAUGAAGAAGGAAAAAAAUUCCACAAAUUCAUUUUUAAGAAGGCACACCUGUUAAUUGAAAUGCAUUCCAGGUGACUACCUCAUGAAGCUGGUUGAGAGAAUGCCAAGAGUGUACAAAGCUGUCAUCAAGGCAAAGGGUGGCUACUUUGAAGAAUAUCAAAUAUCAAAUAUAUUAGGAUUUGUUUAACACUUUUUGGGUUACUACAUGAUUCCAUAUGUGUUAUUUCAUAGUUUUGAUGUCUUCACUAUUAUUCUACAAUGUAGAAAAUAGUACAAAUAAAGAAAAACCCUUGAAUGAGUAGGUGUGUCCAAACUUUUGACUGGUACUGUACAUUAAUGCUCCUGCUUUUGGCUUGAUUACCAGUGAGAUGAGUGAGACAUUAUACAAUCUAAAUGUUUUGCCCCAAUGCCAAGUGGGAGACCAGAGGACUACGGUAUAUGAUGUAACAUGUCAAUAUCGUUCAUGGAAAUGUUGAGUAUAGGAUCAUAAGGUUUGUUUAAGCCUGCCCACAUCAACGUAGCAGUUUCAUUGAGUGUGUGUGUGUGUGUCUCAGAAUGUAUGUCUAGCUAACAUUGUAUAAUAACAUUUAUCUCACUCUUCCCCUCUGUCUGCUUCUCUCCUUUCUCUUUAAUGCACAUGCUUGUGUAACCUCUAUUUUUCUGUUGCUGUGAACUGUUGUUCUCAAUAGACUACAGAUAACAUUGUAACUAGAUUAGCUCAUUUUGCAUCAUUAUACAGCUUUUUUCUGUCAGUUGAUAAUACUGAUAAUAAUACUGAGGAUUAUGUUGUUAAUGAUGAUGAUAAUGACUAUGUUGAUGAUAAUAUAAUAUAAUAUAAUAAUAAUAUGCCAUUUAGCAGACGCUUUUAUCCAAAGCGACUUACAGUCAUGUGUGCAUAAAUUUUUACGUAUGGGUGGUCCCGGGGAUCUAACCCACUACCCUGGCGUUAAAAGCGCCAUGCUCUACCAAUUGAGCUACAGAGGACCAUGAUAAUGAUGAUCAUGUAUACCACCCCUUUGCCCGGACCCCAGCUUGGCUGCACUCUCGGCGGCUCUCUGUGGCAGGACCCCAGACCCCAGACACAGAGGCGGAGGAGACUUUAUCCAUGGGCAGCAGUGGCAGUGGCAGCUUCCAGGACCAGGGCUAUGCAGCCUCCGAGGGCAUGGCUGAGGCUGAGGACUCUGGCCUGGUCAGCUCCCCCUCUGCCUCUAACACCACUCACCCUACCUCCCCAAACGGGAGCCUCUCCCUGGGCUCUUCUGGCUCCUCUCAUCCCAUGAUCCAUCCCCUCAUCAAGGACUGUUCUAGUGAUAGUGACGAGGGCUGUGCCACGUGGGGCUCCAGACACAGGUACUAUAGCUGUACUACCACUCACCUGCUCUGCUCACUGCAUUAUCAUAGCAAUGUUCAGGGUGGAGACUUAGCAAAGUCAAACUCAUAAUGCUUUUCAAUUAUUACUUCUUAGUUAUCCUACCCUUAUGCACUUACUACUACUAACCUUGUUGCAGACCCUAGCUAACCCUUCUUUUCUCAUUGGAAGGGUACCUAAUCUUUCCUAUGAUUUACCAACUACCUCCUUGCUCCCAGUUCUCAGUCUGCCUUACGUUUCUCACUAUUUAGUCAGCAAUCUCACGUCUCUCACGUCUCUGCACCGGCUGGUUUUUAAAGGCCUGUUUUACGGCGCCAACAGUGCUUCCUGACUGAGUCACUGCAGUCCACAUGUGUUGGAGCUAAGGGGCUACCUGCCAAAGCCUGCAGCGUCACUUAAAUCUGCUGGGCUCUAAAUUGAGGGCUCUGGGGUUUUUCUCAGUCAUCUUUUAACAUGGAAAAUAGGCUCAACCUAGUAUGCAGGAGGAAGUUCUCUUUGGCUUGGCCAAGAAGAGCAAGAAUAUAACCCCCAUGCCUUUUUAGUUUUAGUUUAGAAAAGAAACACAUUAAUAAAACAUAGGAACGCUCAGUGGACACCUUGAACUAAGUGUGAAAGAAAAUAAACUUGAAAACACAAGUACUACGUUUUUAUGAAUAAAUAUUUCAAGGGCAGCAGACUCCACCAGGAUCUAAAUAUAACUUUCAAACUUUUUAGUUAACUUGAGAGUUAUCCUUUUAUGCUACCUGCAAAACAGCUCAAAACGUAACUUGUAUUACCCCCUCCUCCCUUAGACACAGCAGUGAUAUCAGCCACAACGACAAAGCAGGCAAAACAAAGGACAUCUAUGAAGAGGACCCAGAGCUCACCGCUCAGCUCAACCAGACUCUGGCUGAUCUGGAGGCUGAUCUAGCAGGUGAGCUUUUAGUAGAACACAAAUGUAUUGUCCAUCAAAUGCACAUGAAUUACAUACUGGAGACAUACUGGAAACCACAAUGGAUGCACAGGACUAAAACAAAUAUUUGUUGUAUAGUCAAUAAGCAGGCCGGCUAACACAUGUAUUUUUUGUUUGUCCCUGUCCACUAGAUAUAAGUCACAUAGAUGCUGUUUCAGUGCAAGAGUACCCCUACGUGAUGUCCACUGAGAGCAAUGACAUCCCAGUGUCUGUGGUGGAUAUGGAGGUCCCAGUCACAGACAUAGAUGUAGUCCUGGAGGACUACGAGACCCAGAACAUGACGGAUUACCAAGCCACCCUAAUGAGUAGCUCUCAAACAACGGACAAUAAAGACCUGAACCACAGUCAUCAUCAUUCAAGUGUUGGUAGCAUACAGAACAAAAACAACAGCGCCUGUACGUCUGACGGCUCCAGCAAAGUCAGCUCUGGUCAACCACAGCCCGCGCAGCGCCUCAAAUUACCAGGGAAGAAGCUUGCCAAUGGCGCCACGGGGAAAGACCGCACAGCAGCAGUCUCUAAGACUAAAGCUAAACUGGAAGUUCAAAGACGGGAGUCCAAUGAGGGAGCUGAGAGGAAAGCCUCACCUGUCAACAGCUCUCUCGCUGUCUCAGAGAGCCAUUCCAAGUCCCCUGAGGAAGAGGUUCCCACCUAUAGAGGCCACGCUGCCCCCCAGGCACAAACCAAAAUCACCUGUAGCCCAGUCUCCCGAUUCGGUAUGAAGACAUUCACCAUCGUCCCUCCCAAGCCCGCAGUUGCAACCCAGCCUCAGAAGCAAGCAGAGGCCCUGGCCACACUGACAACAGGUGCCAUUAGAAUUGACGAUCAGGGUAACAUGGUCAAAGUGGCCAUCGCCCAAAACAAGUUUGGUGGUUCCUCUGAGUCGGGGAUCAACAAAGAUGACUCCGUCUCACCAUUCCCGGGGAAAGCCAAAGCCUUCUGGAGCUCCACGGAGAAGCAGGACAAGCAGGACACUUCUGCACCUUCGGUCCCUGCUAGUAGAGGGCCUGUCGCUUUCACAAAAACCCAGAGCCCAGAGCCUGAGGUUCCCAAAACUACCCCUCUGGUCGUAGCCUCUAACCCACCUGCAGCCAAGGCAACACCUAAGGCCUCUGAACUUGUAGCCAAGAUGACACCUAAGGAAACAUGCAAAGAUGUUGUUGAGGUAACAAAGGACGUCUCACAGGAAGCAGAGGGCAAGGCCCCAGUUCCAGUUUCAGAGACGCCUGUGCAGCAGCAGCAGCCUAUGAAACUGAACCCUGGUAUUCUCCAAGAUCAGAAGAGAGACCUUUCCUUCCUCAAGCCGUCCAGGAGAACAUCCAGUCAGUACGUAGCUUCUGCCAUUGCUAAAUAUGCUGUGAAGCCCACCACGGCCAAAGCUGACAACAUUCAAGAAGUACCAGCAGAGUUGUCUGGCCCCGUGAGAAAGCCACCUGGCAGUUACGGCUAUCAGAAAGAGGGUCGAUCCUUUCAUGUAAAUCCACAGCGGUCCUCUGGUACAUCUACUAAUGUACCAGUGAAGAAGGAGAGCAGCUCUGGGUCUGGGUCCUAUCACGCCGGUGCUAAAUGUUACCCUGACUACCUAUCAGCAGAGAAACGGGUAGUCUCCGGUGAGUCGACGCAAGGAGUGAACCGGAGUGGUUAUGGGAGCAGUUCUACCCUGCGAGGUGGAGGAAGGAGCUCAAAGUCACUGGACUCUGAUACGGUGGCCAAUAACACUAAGCAGCACGGGCCCAACAGUCCCAGUCCCAGACAGCAGACACAGAUGACACCCCCACCACCCCCACCACCAGCACCACAAUCCCCCACUGAACAGGUACCUUCCCUCUCCAAGCCCUCGCAGGGUCAACCACCCACAGAGCAGAUCAGAGACAGUAGGUCCCAAAGGUCGUCCAGCCCUGGCAAAGAAGCCUGAACCACUGGGAGCGGCUGCAGCUGCUGCAAGCAACGACCUCCCAGAGCCCCAGCAGGUCCGUCUGUUUGGGCCGGUGAAGAAGUUCAAACCUGUCGAUCAUGAAGUCGGUCCAGAUGGACAUGUCAUUACACACCACCCUGAUGUCGGCCAUCCAGUGUGGGGACGGGAAGGAGAGGCUCAGAAAGGUGAGAGAGAUAGAGUGACCGUCAUGCUAACUUCACAAAGAUCACUGUUUUUAAGUCUACAGCCACUUAAAAUUGGGUGUAAUGUAGGGGCUUGGUUUCUAAUUUCCCUGAUUUUCCCUGUCGGACUAGAUAUCGGACUCAAGUGCAAGCAGCACUUUGAAGAAAUCAUCUUUUGUUGAGGAAGAGAAUGAGCGAUGUGCGCUACUGGCAGCCAUUAGAGGCCAAAGUAACUCUGCAGGGCUAAAGAAGGUAAGCUAUAGCAAAGAGUCAGACAGGGUGGUGUGCAAUGCGUUGGUUUUGCAAUGUCUUGCUGUAGCACAGAUGAUCUGUUGCAUGUCAGUGAAUAGCUCAUUUCAGGAGAACAAUCAGCACUAUGUUUACUAUAAAUGAGUCUAUUUGCAUUCCCCUUGAAUGUGAUGUGGUUUGUUUUCAUGUAAGGACCAUGGUGAAAUGAGAGGAGGAAAUGUGCAGAUGUAGUUGUGAUGGAGGCCCGAUGUGGUGAGCUCUAGAAUGUUCCUGCCCAGCUCACCAGCAGGAAUCUCAGAAAUGUGCAUUACUAAAUCAGGUUCUCAGGGCAAUAAUGUGGAAUUUAGGUUGAAUUUAGUUGGAGCUGAAGCUAAAUUUAGCUGAAGCUGAACCUUUGUUUUGCUGCCUAGUAAACCACUAGGUAUAUGAGGGAAGUUGUAGUGUGUGUGUGUGUGUGUGUGUGUGUGUGUGUGUGUGUGUGUGUGUGUGUGUGUGUGUGUGUGUGUGUGUGUGUGUGUGUGUGUGUGUGUGUGUGUGUGUGUGUGUGUGUGUGUGUGUGUGUGUGUGUGUGUGUAAGCAGCCGUCAUGUGGGUCUAUGUGUCUGGACUGCCACCCUCUCUACUCUGGACUGUUCCCCUCUCUACACUCCACAGACCAAAUCCCAGGCUGCAGAGGAUCUUGACAAGUUCAGGAAGACUGAGGAGGAGAACAGCACUCAGUGUGAUGCUUUCCCUGCCAUGCCUCCCCCUCCUCCAUUUGUGCCUCUGCCGCCUCCACCCCCCUCUAUGCUCCUCCCUCCUCCUUCUCCUCCUCUUGCCCCUCCCUCCACCCAGCCCAAGCGCCCUAUGGUGGGGGUGCCCCUGGGGGCUGUGGGGAACCCCGCUCUGGCCCGGGAUGCAAUGCUGGAGGCCAUCCGCUCUGGCUCUGCAGCUGAGCGCCUGAAGAAGGUACAAUAUGUUCUAUACUGCAGGCAGCCACACUAACAAUACAAUAGCAAUACCACAAAAGAGACAGUUAUUGGGAGCGAGUUUAGUCAUCAAGUUACAGGUUGUAAAUUCAAUGUUCUCAGAUAGAGCAAAUGGAGGUGUUCAUAAAUCACCUGUUGUGCAUGUACUCACAUGGGAACUCACCAGCCAGGCGACUACCCACAAUUUCUCACGUAGUAUUACCUUGUCUUUUGUUGCAACAUGUCUGUGACAGAACAAACAACUCCUGGGAAACAUUCUGUGAUAGCUGGAGACCAAGAUUCCGUCACAUAGUUCCACAGUCUGUGGGGCUGUGCUGCUUGAGCAAUGUAUUGUUCCAUUAGAUUAAGCAAUGAGAAAAAUAAAAUAAAAACACUUUCAGUCUUCACAAAAGAUUCUACUUCUUGCAUGAUCUGAACUCUGAUAACUCAAUGUCAGGCUUUUUUUUUAUUGGUACAGAGCAAAAAAUAACGCUGGUUUUCAUGUUUAAUCUAUUUUAUUCAGGUCAAUGCCCCCACAAAAACAGUUAAAGUGAACGGUAGACUUGGUACUAUACAAGCAGCAUCAUCCCUCUCACAACAAGGACAAUAA